AUAAAGGCUGCCUUUUGCAGAGGUAUCAGUGUUGUCUGUUUACACGUCAUUGCUGCACAUUGAUAUGAGGUUCCUCAUCAUCACCGCCUGCCUGGCAGCUUUUGUCGCAUACGUGAUAACGGAGACAUGCCAUAAAGACGAUGACGUUGACGUGGUGUGCGAUUUGAUAAGCUGCAACGGCAACAACACAGUAAAAAGUUGUGAGCAUAGUGAAUGCACGUGCAUUAUCAACACCGAUAUAUAUUGUUCCUCGAGGGCUGACUGUGAUGUUUUGCCAUUGACUGAAUGUAAAGUAACGGGUCAUGAGGGUCCUGGGGGUCAUGGGGGUCCUGAUGGUCCUGGACACCACCAUACACCUCAUGGCCAUGAUGAUGGUGUGAUUUGGCAUUGUUUGGACACUAAAUGUUCAUGUUUCUAGGGUUACUUUUAAUGUGUUUUUGAUAAAAUAAAACCAAAUACUGGAACAUAAA